AGAAUUUACUAAACAAAAACAAUCGCUUCAUCGGUCUGCCUGCUGCCGCACCCUCACGAUAAUGUGGAUCUACUAUGAAUAACAUUUUUUGUAGUUUGUAAACCUUACUCCUUUGAAAACGAGUAAUUGAGUUUUAGUUUUAUUUUUGCAUGGCGAGAAGUGCGGAAUAGUAAAUAUAAAAAAAAGGAAAAAUGGGAUGUACACAAAGUGAAAUUUCGCCUCAAAAUGAAACGCCGAGAAAAGGUUGCACCGAUGUAUUGUGGCUUGUUAUUUACAUUGUUUUUUGGUUACUUAUGUUAAUGAUUGCGUGUAUUUCAUUCGUGUAUGGGAAUCCACAACGACUUAUAAAUGGAUAUGAUUCCUUCGGCAAUACGUGUGGCGUUAAGAGCAAUAAAAAAUUAUUAAACUAUACACUAUCUGGAAUUAGCACUGCCGACAAACCCUAUUUAUUUUUUAUGGACAUAAAGGAAUUAAGACGUUCACUGAAGAUAUGUGUAAAACAAUGUCCAAAAAAUAAAUUAGAAUCAUUGACAGACAUUCAAAACUUUUACAGAUCAACAGGAUCAAAUGUUUGCAGAUAUGACAUAGAUUUAAAUAAUGUGAUAAGUUCAAGUGAUCUACACAAUUUUAUUGGGCCCUGUCCAACCUUGCCUGUGUAUGAAUCUUUCCCUUUGCUAAAUCGUUGUUUUCCCAAAUCAGCUAAGGAGAUAGCACAAAAAGUUUUCACAGAUUUCUAUGAUCUAUUAAACAGCUGGGAUACUAUAGAGCAAAUGCUAUCAGAUCUUUAUUCAUCAUGGAAAGAAAUGAUAAUUUGUGUUAUAAUUGCAUUUAUUUGUUCAUUAAUAAUGGUAUCAAUCUUGCAUUUACUUGCAACCCUAGUUUCUUGGAUUUUCAUGAUACUGGUGUCCAUUGUGAGCAUUGCAGGGACAGGACUUCUCUGGUAUACAUAUCAUGAGUUGCACACAAAACAAAGAGACUUUUCACAAACAAUGUUCUUAGCCGAAUCAUUAAAGAAUGAAAAGGCAUUCUUAUGGUACUCAAUAAUUGCAACUAUUAUAACAGUAAUCUUAUUGUUAUUGGUUUGGGUCAUGCGUUCCCGCGUUUCAUUCCUGGCAGCACUUUUCAAAGAAACGGCACAUUGCCUUGGCUCAAUACCAGCUCUAUUUCUGCAGCCCAUCAUAACAUUCUUUUUCCUCAUUAUCUUCUUUGCAUUCUGGUCAAUUGUUGUGGUGUGUCUAGCCACAGCAAAUUACCCUGGUAUACCAUUUAAAACGAAUUUCUUUAUUAAUGGCACUCCAUCACCAGAUCAUAUUGAAAAUUCCGCUAUGCAAGCACAAACAAGUUUGAAAUACCAGAUAGAGUUUGAUCCUUUAUGGAUUAAGAGCAUGUGGUGGAUGUGCCUUAUUUGCCUCAUUUGGGGCAGCGAGUUCAUCCUCGGAUGCCAACAGAUGACCAUCGCGGGUGCUGUCUCACAUUGGUACUUUAGAGGCCCUAAUGCACAUCCUUCACCAGUGAUGUAUUCAAUUGGAAAACUUUUGAAGUACCAUUUGGGUUCAGUGGCCAAAGGGUCCUUCCUUAUUACGCUGUUCAAGAUCCCCAGGCUCAUUCUCACAUAUUUACAUGCAAAGUUAUCGUCCAGAGCAGAAAAGGGUUCUGAGUGUGCCAAGUGCGGUCUCAAAUGUGGUAUCUGUUGCUUCUAUUGCCUGGAGAAGUUCAUUCGUUAUCUCAAUCAUAAUGCGUACACAAUAAUAACUAUCGAGAGAUGUCACUUUUGUAAAGCCGCUGCGAGGGCGUUCAGUACGAUAGUGAACAACGCGCUGCAAGUGGCGACUAUAAAUAGUAUAGGUGACUUCAUCCUGUUCCUGGGCAAGUGCAUAGUGACCGCGGUGACGGGCAUCAUCGGCCUGUUGCUGCUUAAGAGGAACAACGACUUGCAUUUCUUUGCAGUGCCCACACUCUUCAUAUGUAUAUUCUCCUUUUUGAUCGCCCACUGCAUACUGUCUCUAUACGAGAUGGUAGUAGACUCGUUGUUCCUGUGCGUGUGCGAGGAUCGUAAUAUGGACAACGCGAAUGGCCGCUGGAAGUCUUCGCGGCUUGCCGAGUUGGGCGGACACCGGCCCGACAAGGAGGAGGAGCAGGAGGGCGCCGAGCUGCAGGGCCUCCAUGAAAAGUAUUAAUAUCGUAAAUAACUGCCAUUGAUGAUCAAAUGUGGGUGAACAGGAAUUGUAAAAUCAUAACAAUUGGGUCUGGCACUCGAGGAAUAUUUUAUAAUACUACAAUUAUGUAGGUGACGAUAAAACGAAUCGUUUAAAUUUAAGACAUAACCUAUUUUUGCUUUUACUUUACACUUUUUUGAUCUUUUUUUUAAUAAUUUAUAGUGUGAUAGGCAUAUAUUAACUCCAGUGUAAGCUGAAAUUUAGCAUAAGUUUUUUUAUUUUUUUUAUUUUAAUCUUACUUUACUUUUUAAACAAUGCUCAGUUAUAACUAUGAUUUGAAUUAUUGAAUGCUUUAAAAGACUAUGUACUGAUAAAAUUUCAAUAUUUCUUCAGUUUUAGUAACCGCACGUAUGGACCUUAUAACAUAAUCACUGUUUUCUAAUACACAUUAUAUUAUGACCUUUUAAAUAAUUUUAAAAUACGGCGUGAUUUGAAACAUUUAACAAAAUAAAAUUUUUAUGAGAUAAAGGAAAAAAUCAAAAAUAAACAUUUAUAAGACAUUUUAUACUCUCAUUGUUGUAUUCAACAAUUUAUAAUUUUGAUAUAAGAAAAUCCAUUUUGGAAAAAAGACAAUCUUGUCAGUAUUUUUAAAAUACUCGAAUGUACCCUCAGAAUAGUGAAAGUAUAUUUUUUGUUGUUUGAAAAAGCAAGGAAAAAAGUUUUUAAAUAUUUUUUAUUUUUUAGAAAUAGAGGCUUUAAUUUUUAUUAAUUUUAAUUUAAUAAUUGUUCUCUUCCAAAAUCAACUCCAGAUAAUUUUAAUAUUUAUAGGUUUUAAGGAUUCUCAUGCUUUACCGUCCAAAAUAUUUUUACACAAUUUUUAAUUGGAUGUGUAUUGAAAUUUAAGCUAACUAAUUACGUUAGUAAACUCUAAAAAUUAAUAUGAAUCACUUGCACAAUGUGUAUAUAAUUUUAUACAUGAUAUAUGCUUUAGUUAUAUCUUCAAAUUGAAAUACAUAUGCCAUUUGGGUCUGCGAUUUUAUUGGUAAUUUAUUUCAAACAAGCUUUAUAAUAAUGGUUUUAAAUGUUAUUAGUGAGUUAAAAAUAUAAUAGGAGUCCACUUCAUUCUUGUGAAGAUUUUUCUCGAAUUUUUUAUUAUUUUUUAACAGGGAUAUUGACAUUUGUGUGUAUCAUUACUA